AUGGCGGCGUCGGUGGCGGUCGCUGUCGUGUUGGCAGUUGUCUUGUCAAAAACAAAUGUAGCCUCCAUGAAGUACAAAGACAACGCCCAGGUAAUCCUCUAUGUGAAUAAGGUUGGGCCGUAUUUCAAUCCACAUGAGACGUAUCACUACUACCAGCUGCCAGUUUGCAGGCCCAAGCAGGUUAACCAUAAAAGCCUUACCCUGGGAGAAGUUUUGGAUGGAGAUCGUAUGGCCGAGUCUAUGUAUGAGAUAAAUUUUAAAAAAAGUUUUUCCAAGAAAACGCUGUGCGCAGUCAAGUUUACAGAGAAUGACCUUCAACUGCUUCGUGACGCCAUAGAGGACUUGUAUUACUUUGAGUUUGUCAUUGAUGACAUACCUGUGAGAGGGUUUAUUGGUCACCUGGAAGAGAGCGGUUUUCUUCCUCACACCCACAAAGUAUACCUGUGGGCGCAUCACCACUUCAACAUAGAGUAUAAUGGUGAUCAGAUCAUUUACGCUAAUGUCUCUACCAAAGAGCAGUCACCUGUAAGUCUGGAUGAAGUCAGUUCUCCUUUUGAAGUCGUCUUUACGUACAGUGUCCAGUGGCAUGAGACUAAAAUGUCAUACAAUGAAAAAAUCAAACGACUACAUGACAACAGUUUCUUUCCCAAGACCCUGGAGAUCCACUGGCUGUCCAUCAUUAACUCCAUGGUGCUGGUUUUCCUGUUGAUCGGGUUUGUAGUUAUCAUACUGACACGUGUUUUGAAAAGCGACUUUGCCAGGUACAACACCGACGAAGAAGAAAGUGAAGAGCUGGACUCUGACGACAAUGGUUGGAAGAUCAUCCAUACAGAUGUGUUCAGGUUUCCUGAGUGUAAAAGCUUGUUCUGCGCUAUUCUAGGUGUUGGAAGUCAGUUCCUGGCACUGGCUACAGGCAUUCUCCUCAUGGCUCUGACAGGAAUGUUCAAUGUGCACCGUCACGGCUCCAUCAACGCUGCCUCCAUCAUUCUCUACGCCUUCACCUCGUGUAUAUCAGGUUAUGUGGCCGUCAACAUGUAUCGUAAGAUGGGCGGAGACAACUGGGUGUGGAACAUCAACUUGACAUCAUCCCUCUUUGCUUUGCCAUUCUUUGUGGUGUGGUCAGUGGUGAACUCUGUGGCUUGGGCAUAUGGCACCACCCAGGCACUACCCUGGACUACCGUCAUCCUCCUUAUGGGGCUCUGGAUAUUUGUGGGAUUCCCCUUGACUGUGAUUGGGGGUAUCUUCGGUAAGAACUGGGCUAACGGUUUCGACGCUCCGUGUCGGACAAAGAAUAUAGCGCGGGAAAUUCCCAGUGUACCAUGGUACAGAUCAGCAUUUGCUCAUUGCAUUGUCGGGGGCUUUCUGCCCUUCAGUGCCAUCUCCGUGGAGCUGUAUUACAUCUUCGCGACCCUGUGGGGACGGGAGCAGUACACGCUGUACGGGAUACUCUUCAUUGUCUACGGGAUCUUGCUGAGUGUCACUGCCUGUAUCUCCGUUGCCUUGACCUACUUUCAGCUGUCGGCUGAAGAUUACAGAUGGUGGUGGAGGUCAAUAUUCAGCGCUGGAUCUACCGGAAUCUUUGUCUUUCUGUACGCACUUUUCUAUUACUUCAAGCGCUCAAACAUGUCGGGACUACUUCAGACUGUGGAGUUUUUCGGCUACACGAUGCUGAGCUGUUUCGUCUUUUUCCUCAUGCUCGGAACAGUCUCAUUUUUUGCCUCGUUGAAGUUCAUCAGAUAUAUCUACAUUAACAUUAAGAUGGACUGACGACAAGGGUCAGCAGGGAGAGCCCAGUAACUCAGUGUAUGCUACAAAAAACUCUUUUUGAGAGAAAAUGGAAAAUGGGACGCAACUUGACUGCAGACUUCUGUAUUGUGUAUUGAGUGUGGACUUGCAAACCUAUCUGAAUUUAUUGGAAUAUCCCAAUGUCCUUUGACCUGGUGUGUGAACAUGGUUAGGGCUGGAUUGGACCAUUUCUACUUUUGGCACAAUGCCAAGUGAAGAUCAGAUGUUUGGGUGUGUCUCUCUGGAAGGUGACAAUGGAGGUGUUUUUCUUUUUUUCUUUAUUUUUUUAUGUCUCUGUGAAGUGGAAAAUUUGACUGGAUCAUUAAAGAGGGAUAACUGCAGUUGGAAAGAAAGGUAACUCUUCAGUGUAAUUGUAAGCUGUGCAGCUUAAUGAAAUGCUAGGUGAUACUGACAUAUAUAUAAUAUACAUCUAUUGGUGCAGAAAUUUUUAAAGGGGUGUUAGGUUUACAGUGCCAUUGAAAGAUUGGGUCAAACACGGUAUGAGUUAAUUAUGCAUAUAAUUACAAGUAUGUGAGAUUUGUUCACUGGAUCAGAGCCAGUUUUACUUGUAGCUUUUACAUGUAAAAUGAAUUUACAUUUAGUAAUAUGUAACUUAUUAUUUUUUUUUCCUGAUCAAAUUUGGCAUUGUUUUACAGAAGUAGAUGAAAUUGGAUCUCCUAAUAAUGGGAAAUGCUGUGGAAACAACUUUUUCUUUUGUUUGCCGUAAUAUUGUGGUAAUAUUAUGUAUGCAAGUACAAAAGUACCUAAGGUACAAUGGCCGCAUUAUCUUGUAGAGAGGGAGAAUUACUUUUUCCAUAUAUUCAGUUUCUGGUACUGUAUCAAGGGGCACCAGAAUUACAUUUCUGAAUUUAAAACUAUUGUUAUUUUAACCAAUCAGUCACUAGUGUGAUGCACCAUUAUCAUACAUAUAACAGGACGAUUUAUUUAUGCCACUGAAUAAAAACACUUUUCACAGACCUACUUCUGACUUGUAUUGAAGAGUUACCUCCCCUAAAUUUGUACUCGCAACAGUUUUGACAAUGUGCAGUUCGGGGAAUUUCAGGGAGUUCACCUGCGAUAUAAACACUGUCUUUUCUUUCUCAGGUGUAGUGGUCGUUAGCAGGUACAUCAAUUAACAAGCGUUCACUAGCUGGGUGUGUCACUUAGCCUCAGUCCACAAUAGACUAGUGGUAUUUAUUUACAUGUGUGUUCUUGAUAAAUGCAUAUUCAUGGAGGCUAAUGAAGGACUGACCUUUUACUGGACAUUUCAUCGAUGCCAAAUAUCUCUUGUGACUAUUGACGAGAAUGGAAGAGACUUUUCUGUUGUAUGCCAGAGAGUUAGUCUUAGAUCAGUGUAUAUAUGUAGUAACAAGGCCUGCCGUAAAAAAAAAUGUUUGUUGAGUAAAAGCAUAUCAAGUUAAUAAAGUCAGCAGUAGGAAAUGUUUUUGUUCUGGCUAAUGAUAGGGAUUUUGUGGAAAUUAACAUGUAGAGAAAAAUGAAUUGAAAAUUCUUUUUAUCAAAAUCCAAAUUAAGACUUAGGGUCUUAAAAAAUGUAUUUUUAAUGAUGACCAAACUACAAAGCAUGAUUUCAUGCAAGGCGUGGCUGGUAUGUGUCAAAAAAAAGACAUUUUGUAAGGAAUGGACCAUUGGAAGAACCGACAAGCAGUACUUAAGCAGAGAUUGGAAAAUAUCAAUUCCCUUCAGAUCUUUGAUCAUGUACAUGGUUUAAAUUUACUGUAAAAUAUGAGGUAGCAGUAUGGUGUAAAUGGUUGUAAAAGCUCUCUGAAGAAUGGACCAAUGAAUUUAAAGCUCCACGUGUCAUUUGUGUACAUGUACACGUAGGUCUGUAAGGUUUUUGUUCCUUCAAGCCCAUAAACCUGGCCUCCAUCACAUAAAUGAAAAACUCUUGAGUAAACCAUUAUUUUAACCAAUCUGCCUUUUGUAAAUAGCUUCAUCUGGCUCAUUGGUUGCACACGUUUUAAAGAGACAUACUGCUUUAUUACAAUUUAUGCUGAGACCGGUGAAAGUUACACUGCGAGGAGGACAGCUAAUCAAAUAGCAACGGCCAUUAUUAAGUGAACAAGUUGUUCAUUGCUCACAACUAGCAGGGUUCACCGUUUCUAUUUCUAUGUUCCUGUAUUAUGAGGAUAUGAGUGUUAGUUUGUGACUUCCCCUUCUGUAGUGCCUCUUGGUUAGUGGCGCUAUCUAGCGACAAGAGAUGGUAGCUUAAGUUUGAAACUAGUUUUACAAUGUAUUGUGAGUGUCAAGAAAAAAAAAAGCAGGGAACAUUUAUGACUUAAUGUGUUUUGAUUAUUUAUAUACACACUACCAACAAAGUCAGACUAAACAAUUUUCUUAUAAAAUUUCUUAGUUUACCAAGAUAUAAUUAAAAAAGUAACUUCAUUACAAAAUCACGUGACUGGCCUCCUCUCCAUUCAUGCAUGGGAAGGUCUACCAGAGAGCAGACGAUGGUUGUGAGGUCCCUCUCUCGCCAUAAUGCCGACUGACAGUGUAUAUGUCAAAUAUUCUUCAAUGCUGCGUAAAAAAACAAUCAAAUAAAUACAAAAUCAUGUGAUGUUUGUAGAAUGGAGUACUGGUUGAAUCAGGCAGAGUAGUUGGUACCGUACAUGUUCUAAAGUCCUUCUCCAUCACUGAUCAUUGUCUGAUUUCUCCAGCUAAUAGUGCGUAAACAUGAACAUGGCUACAACAUGCUUGUCACACAUGGCUAGUUGCCUGUAUUGACUUGUACAUUAGCUUAUACAUGUAGUCAGAUGCUUUGUUUUGCCAUUUGUCAGAAAAAUUGACUUACAUGAGCGGGGCUUAAUUUGUGUUCACACAGCUGCAGAGGAAUAUAAUUCGUGGGGAAAAAAGUCAAGAGGGACGGUCUUCAUAGUAUUUAGUUAUUUAAGCUUCUGUUCUCUGUAAAUUUGUAUGUAGCUAUUUGUCAGGCUUUACUAGCAAAUUUUUGUCAGAGCUAGUUUACCAUUUGUCAGUCUUCGCUAGCUAUUGGUCAGGCUUUGUUAACUAUUUGUCAGGGUUUGUUAGCCAUUUGUCUCAUUUCACAAAAGUCAAAGAAGACUGACAUGCUUGUGCAUGAUUUAUGUGAUAAGCUCUACUUCAUUUUUAAAAUUUAUUCAUUUAUUUAAAUGAAUUUUCUGCAAAGGGAUUUGUAUGAAUUUGAUCACAGGCAAAUGUACCCUGCUGUAUCACGUACAGUGUUUUGAAAAUGUACAUAUGUGAUAAUAAACAUAAUUACAGGGUUGAAAAAAGUGAUUUUGUAGAACAGAUGUCUUGACAGGAUACUGUAAUUUGACACUGAACUGUUCUCAUGAGACAUAGACCUGUUCUAAUAGAACACAGAACUGUAAUCUGACAUGGAGGUCUUCUAAUAUGACACAGAUAUGUUCAAAUAUUAUUUAGAACUGUAAUUUGACACUGAACUGUUCUCAUGAGACAUAGACCUGUUCUAAUAGAACACAGAACUGUAAUCUGACAUGGAGGUGUUCUAAUAUGACACAGAUCUGUUCGAAUAUUAUUCAGAACUGUAAUUUGACACUGAGCUGUUCUCAUGAGACACAGACCUGUUCUAAUAUAACACAGAACUGUAAUCUGACAUGGAGGUGUUCUAAUAUGACACAGAUCUGUUCGAAUAUUAUUUAGAACUGUAAUUUGACACUGAGCUGUUCUCAUGAGACACAGACCUGUUCUAAUAGAACACAGAACUGUAAUCUGACAUGGAGGUGUUCUAAUAUGAUACAGAUCUGUUCGAAUAUUAUUUAGAACUGUAAUUUGACAUUGAGCUGUUCUCAUGAGACACAGACCUGUUCUAAUAUAACACAGAACUGUAAUCUGAAGCCGAGGUGUUUUAAUAUGACAGAGAUCUGUUUGAAUAUCAUUCAGAACUGUAAUUUGACACUGGACUGUUCCAAUAUGACACAGAACUAAUUUGAUGUGACAAUGAACUGUUAUAAUUUCACACUAAACUGUAAUCCCAACCAUAUCAGCUAGAGCAGCACUAAAAUUAAAUCAUGUGACAAAUUCGUAAAUAUAGAAACUAUAGUUUAUAACCAUAGUUUUACUAGAUUACAAAAGUUGUCAAAAAACUUCUGCGGUCUGCUGUACAUUUCAUAUGUGGAAUAAUUUUUCCAGCAUAUAGUACUAAAGUGUUUACAAGUUUGAAAGUAAAACGAUUUGGUACCUUUAGCCUGGUGGUUAGCCUGCCAGUCAUGACAAUGACCCAGGAACCUCUCACCAAUACAACGAGUUCAAGUCCAGCUCAUGCUGGCUGCUUUUUUUUUUGUCGUAUAUGAGAAGGUACACAAGGCAGAGGUCUAUGUAUGAGUGAAUAAAAGUGGCAUGAGAAAAAACUUUUUUUUUUACAUUUGUUUUUUCUGCCUUCAGAGUACCUGCUAAAAUAGUAGUCCUCUGUUUGUGCCAUUGUAUUGUACCUUCUUUUCUGAAUUUUCAUGUCGGGUUUAGUUUGCAUUUUUUUUCCUUUUCUUAAAUCAUUUUAGAUGGGUUCAGAUAAGUUCAACAAUUAGUCAGAUAUGAAAAUAUAUUGCAUAUAAAUACCUUAUAAUAUUUAAUAUUUGGCUAACAAUUUAAUCAUUGUACCAUUAGGUACAAAGUACUUUAUUAUGAUAUACAAAUGGGAAUAGUCUGAACUUUGUACAUUUUGUUUUUCCAGAGGGAUAAUUUGUGUGUGAAGAGCUCUUAGAAUACACAUGUACUAGUGAAUCU